UCAAACUUGUUUUGUUGGGGGCUCCCUAAAGUGAGAAGUUGGUAACUGCGUACUUUUCUUUUUCUGUCAGGUAAGGCAGGAGAACAGGCACAGCUAAUAUCUAGGAAGGAACAAUUCAAGACGCCCCGCUCCCUUCUGCUACGUAUAUAAAAAACAAACAAACAAACAUCAGAGACCCAUGAGCUAAAAGCGUGGGUGUUUUUCGUAUGAUCUAACACGAAAAACACAUCAAUCUAUUUUCUUAUGGAAUCUUAGUCACGCCCUUCUCUCUCUCUCUCUCUCUCUCUCUCUCUCUCUCUCUCUCUCUCUCUCUCUCUCUCUCUCUCUAUAAGUUUAUUUCUGUAAGGCAACGGAGGAGAAGAUGGUAGAAAUGGGAGGAGAGGGUAUAAUGGCAAGAAAAGCUAUGGUGAUGUUGUCCGCGAUGAUUGGGUUGGCUAGUUUGAUUGUAGUUCAUGUGCAUGGGGAGAAUUCCAAAGUGGGUCAUGACCAUUUCAGGAGAAUGCAAGCAGUGAAGGCAGCCGCCGUGCUCCGGCGAGAUUCAGUUUCUGCUGCGGCGGGGGGCUCCAAUGUUUCUCCUUCUCCGAGCCCAUCUCAGGUUACAGCGAGUUCAUCGCGCGUGUAUGGCGUGACGGCGUACGGGGCGGACCCGACGGGAAAAGUGGAUAGUGCGGAGGCGAUUCUUGCAGCAAUUUCGGAUGCGGUAGGGAAAGCAGAAGGUGGGGGGUCGUUGAUGGAAGGAAUAGCUAAUCUUGGAGGCGCAGAGAUUAGUCUUCAGGGCGGCAACUACUUGGUUGGUCGCCCCCUGCGAUUGCCCUCCGCCGGCGUUGGGAACCUUUUGAUUCACGGAGGAACACUACAAGCUUCGAACGAUUUCCCCACCGACGGCUAUCUGAUUGACCUCUCGGCUUCCUCGUCCACCUCAUCUUCCUCCUACGACUUCGAACACAUUACCCUCAGAGACCUCACCCUCGACUCCAAUUUCCGUGGCGGCGGCAUUUCCGUCGUCAAAUCCCUAAGAACCGGCAUCGACAACUGUUACAUCACCCACUUCGCCACCAACGGCAUCCUCGUCCAAAACGGCCACGAAACCUACAUCAGAAACUCCUUCCUCGGCCAGCAAAUCACCGCCGGCGGAGACGCCGGCGAGCGCAACUUCUCCGGCACCGCCAUCAACUUAAUGGGCAACGACAACGCCGUCACCGACGUCGUGAUCUUUUCCGCCGCCGUCGGAAUCAUGGUCUCCGGUCAAGCGAACACCUUCUCCGGCGUGCAUCUCUAUAACAAGGCAACCGGUUUUGGCGGGACCGGGAUCUACCUCAAGCUGCCCAAUUUAACCCAAACCCGAAUCGUGAAUAGUUACUUUGAUUUCACCGGAAUCGUGGCUGAAGACCCUAUGCAGCUCCACGUCUCCAGCAGUUUCUUCCUCGGCGACGCGUUUAUUCAGUUCAAAUCCAUACAAGGGGUGGUGAACGGAGUGAACAUUGUGGAUAACAUGUUCUCGGGCUCCGGAAAGGGGGUGGAUAUUGUUCAGCUGGAUCAGACGAACGGGCCUUUUAAGCAAAUCGAUCAGGUUGUGGUUGACAGGAAUAAUGUUAACCAGAUGAACGUGAGAUCAACGGUUGGGAGGGGAACUGCGGCAGGGAAUGGGAGCUCGUGGACCGUUGAUUUCAGUUCUGUUCUUCUGUUUCCGGACCUUAUAAGGAACGUGCAGUACUCGCUGAGCACGAGUGGGGGCCUGUUCCCCAACCACGCCCUGCGAAACGUGUCUGGGAAUCGGGUGGUGGUUCAGUCGGAUACGGCGGUUCCGGCGAGCGUAUUUGUAGCUGUGGAUCAAAAUACGGCGAGUCCUACAAGCUAAGCUGGUUUUUGGGUUUUGGGCUUUUGGUAAUGGGUUAUGAGUGUGGGCCUACUGGGUACAGGAAAUGCAAAUCCAAUUAAAGCAAACUGAAGAAGUGUAAAUUCAGCAUUAAAGAUUGAAAGGGUUCUUUUCUUUUCUUCUGUCAGUCAAUAAAGUUUGUAGCAAGUGAAAAAACUGUUGUGUAUUUGUAUUUUAAUUAAAAUAUUUUAAUUUAAUAUAGCA